AUGACGUCUUCUGGACCACGACCGAAGGUGCUAGUGCUUCACGGGCAAGCGCAAAACGCUAUAUAUUUUAGCAAGAAGCUCAAGAAUCUUCGCGAGCUGUGUAAAGAGCAAUAUGAACUUGUGUUUAUCGACGGACCUUUCAAGCUUCACCCAGUGUCCACCAAUUCAGAGCCUUUUCCUGCGCACGGACCAGCACAAGAUCGCGAAUUCCGAGCCUGGUGGGGCGUGGACAUGGCAAGCAAGAUACUGACAUAUGGCUUAGAGGAGUGUUUAAUGAUGCUCAAGGAGGUUCUAAUGGGUAACCAUUUUGCAGGUGUUCUCGGUUUUAGCCAAGGAGCAACCACUGCCUUGUUGCUCGCUGCUCUGCUAGAAAAACCUUCUCUGUACCCCUCGUUUUCGCACAAUGGCCAAGCUCCUCAUCCUCCAUUUCAAUUCUGUAUAUCUAUCUCUCCAGCUAUUCCAACACAUCCUCUCAUUCGUCACGUAAUGAGCUUACCAUAUUCGACUGCCACGCUUCAUCUUAGUGGGAAGACCGAUGUUGUCGUUGACAAUGCUGAACCAUUCAUCAGUUGGUCCACCAAUGGGAGAGUAGAGGAACAUCCCGGUGGUGCGAAAUAUUUAACCAAACAUUCUAUCAAACUGCUUACUGUAUCCCUUACCGAUAUAUUAGGUCAUUUCGUCCCCCCAGCAGUCAAAUGGCAGAAGCUCUUAUACGAUUACAUGAUGGAAUGGUGCUCGCCAUGUGCCGGACGCCGUACGUUAUAUGCUUUUUACUAUUUCGUUCCAUAA